AUGGGUCUCGAUCGAUUCCUGGCCUUUGCGCUGCUCCUCAUCACUCCAUGGCUCGUUCUUGAGGUGGUGUCCAGGUUCCUCGUCGCGCAGAGGCGCCGAUGGCGGCGCCCACUGCGAGAUGGAGAAUCGUCGUACUCCUUCACCAAGCGGACAUGGUCGAUGACAUGGGAGACAACGGGGCUCAACGCGUUGCCGAGGCGCCUCUUGCGCCUCGUCGGGUCCCUCCCUCAGGGCUGCGAUGACCAGGAAGACGGAAGUGUGGGCGACCAGGGAGCGCUCGUCAGAUUCUACGACUUGGGCGUCUACUUUGCUGCCCUGUCCCUCGUCGGCUCCUUCUUGGUGCUGGGCUGGGGGGCCAUGCAGCUCAUCACCGACGUGGUGCAGCUUCAUGGCUCACCCAGUCCUGCGAGCUCGGCGUUGGUCAAGAGAGAUGCUUCGCUGAGAGACGUCUCGCUGGAAGAGGACAGGCAGGCGGCGGCCAAGUGGAAUCCAGCCAUCGUUCCCCUGAUUCCAGGUGUCACUGUUCCUCUCAUGCACGUCGUCCCACUGCUCCUCGGCCUCUGCCUCGCCCAAGUCAUCCACGAGGCUGGCCAUGCCCUCUGCGCUGCCCUUCACCGGCUCAAUCCGACUUCGAUGGGCCUUGUGCUUUUCUUCCCCAUCAUUCCGGGCGCCUUUGUGGCGCUGCCCGAGGAGUACAGCGACCAGAGCGUGGGCAGGUACCACCACCACGAUCUCGAGGAGGAGGCCGAGGCGCUGACUGGAGCACCGACGCUGAUGAGCAAUCGAGAACGGCUGCGCAUCGUUGGAGCAGGCGUCUGGCAUAAUGCCGUCUCUGCAGGCCUCGUCCUCCUCUUCACCUGGCUCGGCCUCUCCUCGCUGCUCGUACAGAGCCUGUGGAUACCAACAGACGGCAUCAGGGUCACCAGUGUCGAUCCUUCGUCGCCCUUGGCGCUGCACCUCCAGCCAGGGACAAGCAGCCUCGUCACGCGCCUGGAUGACCUCGACCUCGCUGGCGUUUAUGCUACGCCCGAGGGCCGGCUCAAGCAGUGGAACGACUACCUCCUAGCUUCCCCCUCGGCCACCUCACCGCAGCGCUGGGGCGCAGACGGGACCAUGGGGUGGUGCGUGCCGCGGUCGGCAUGGCAGGCCUCUUCGACGGUCUGCUGCGACCGUCUCGAGGCCAACACGAACACGCCAGCAUCGUCAGCCCCGUCUCCCACCUCUGCUACAGUUGAUUCACCGGAACUACUCUCCCAAAGAAAAACGAGGGACAGCAGCAGCAGUGACUCCUCGCUCUGCUUCACCGUCCUGACUGGCAACUCGACGGACGGCGGCGACGGCAACAAGCAGCCCGGUCGCUGCUUCGACCCCUCGCUGCUGGUCCGUGGCCCCACCAAGGCGUCGACAAGGCCAUACGAGCGGUGUCUCGACGCCUGCACGCCACACCCGAGCACGGGCGUCGGCCGAGUGUGCGUCGCUCCGCAUCCAGACGAGCAGCUCGUCCGCAUCACCGUUCAGGAUGACUCGACAAACGCCGACAGGGGUAAUAGAAACAAUGGCAACAAGGUCGACGACAUCGAGCACAGCGGCGAUGGCAGUAGCAGGAUUGAACCAGUCCCCACGACGCGCGUCGUCCUCUUCCAGGGCCCUCGGCUGGCCAUCUACUAUGCGCUCUCCGUCACCGUCUACACGCCCCGGCACGCCUAUCUGGGCCUGCCGCCCUCGUUGAUCCGCGGCGCCCAGCUCUGCGUCGAGUACUUUCUCCAGCUCAGCUGGGCGCUGGCCCUGCUCAACAUGCUCCCGCUGCCCUCGCUCGACGGCGACGCCUUUCUCGGCCUCGCCCUGCGCGAGCUGCUGCUGCUGUUGCUGCUCCGCCGACGGAAGCGCAAGCGCGGGACGGCAGCUGGGUCGUCGGCGGCGGCUGUAGCUGCGACGGCGGUCCCACUGAUGAAUAGGAGCAGCGAGGCGGAGUUGAGGAACGGUGGCGCGGCCAAGUCGACUUCGAGGCCCGUUGCGAUGGCGCUGCGACGGCCCACGAAUGCCCACUUUGCUUCGGGCACCGCCCUCGACGCCGAGGUUGGGCCGACGCUGCAGCAGGACCGGGGAGUGCUGGAGAUUGACCAUGUAGAGCAGCAGCAGCAGCAGCAGCAGCAGCAACAACUUCAGCAGGACGACGACGAUGACGACGACGACGGUGGUGGUGGCGGCGGCGGCGGCGGCGGCGGCAAGAGCAGAGAGCGGUUAGGAUUCGCAUAUGAGCUGGAACAUGAGCACGACGAGGCGGAUCGGAGCGCAUUCAAGAUUGCCCAGCGCGCCCGGUGGCUCGCCAUGCUUCUCGCCAGCUUCGUCCUGGGCGGCAACGUCGUCUUGGCCUUUAUUCAUUUGUAA